AUGGCUCCAGUGAAUGCUACCGUUCCUUGCCAGUAUCGCACCGGCAAGACCCUUGGAAGCGGGACAUAUGCCAUCGUUAAGGAGGCCAUCCACAUCCAGACGGGGGAAUACUUCGCUUGCAAGGUUAUCAACAAGAAGCUCAUGGAGGGCCGAGAACACAUGGUCCGGAACGAGAUCGCUGUCUUGAAACGUAUAUCUAGCGGGCACAAAAACAUUGUGACUCUCCGUGACUACUUUGAAACCUCUCACAAUCUUUAUCUAUGCUUCGAUCUUUGUACUGGCGGGGAGCUUUUCGACCGGAUAUGCGCUAAAGGCAACUACUACGAAGCGGACGCUGCUGGCCUCGUUCGCACUAUUUUCCAAGCCGUCAAGUAUAUCCAUGCCUCCGGCAUCGUUCACCGCGACCUCAAGCCAGAAAAUCUUCUCUUUCGCACAAAGGCCGAGGAAGCCGACAUCAUGAUUGCAGAUUUUGGCCUCAGUCGCGUAAUGGAGGAGGAAAAACUAAAUAUGUUGACUGAAAUUUGCGGAACGCCAGGCUACAUGGCGCCCGAGAUUUUCAAAAAGACCGGCCAUGGGAAGCCCGUCGAUGUUUGGGCUAUGGGCGUAAUCACGUAUUUCCUACUCGCGGGAUACACUCCCUUUGAUCGUGACUCGCAACAACAGGAGAUGGAAGCCAUCAUUGCUGGCGACUACAAAUUUGAACCUCAUGAAUAUUGGGCCAACGUUAGCGAUACCGCUCGAGACUUCAUUCGAGACUGCUUGACAAUCGACCCAUCCAAUCGCCCCACAGCAGCACAAUGCUUGGAGCACAAAUGGCUUGCGGACACAUUGCCUCACUUCGUUCCUGACCCCGAGAACCCAAGUGGUGGUCCAGCUGAUCUACUACCACAUGUCAAGAAGGCCCUCAAUGCAAAGCAGCUAUGGCGCAAGGCGGCAUUUAGCAUUACUGCACUUAACCGUAUGACUGCUCUCGCCGGUAACAGCCAUCUGGACCCGCAGAAGCAGGAACUGUCGGAUAACGUGCGAUUGUAUAAAGAGGAGAGUGCGAAGGAAGUAAUGGAGAAUGCUUCUAUCAUGCAUCAUCACAAUAUGAACCAUCCCACUGAGUCGUCUUUGGACAUCAGGCAGAGUCUGAAGAAGACGGAUGAUAUUUCGGUUGAUGGAAAGAACUCGGACACCUUGACAAGUAAACUUGCCAAGGUUAGUCUGGAUGCGAAGGAUAAGGAGGCGAAAACGGCGUAG